CCGGUCACUUGUUGAAUAUCCAACGAGGUCACUCUAACCAACUUCAGGAUUAUGACAGAUGACACCGUUCAACGCAAUGCUUUUCAAAAUUAUCUACCUAGUAGUACUACCUAUUUCUUACUGUACGGAGUUAUGUACAUUCAACGAAGGAACCUGUGAAUGGGAUAUCAGACCUCCGUGGAAUGUUGUCUCGUUGGCAAUUCUUCCACGUCAUCAGCAUCCUGGACUACUAAAUAUUUCAAAGACACCCGAUGUUAUCACUUCUGAAGGACCAUUCCUACUUGCACAAGGAAAGUUCGCAUCAGUGCCCUCGUCAAGAGUUACUUCUCAGAAAAUCUCAAAAUCAGAUCAUAUGAGAAUACUUGCAUAUCGGUAUCAACGUCGUGGAAUGGCGACUUUGAGGAUUCUUUUAAAAAACCAAACAGACGAGAUCUUACUUGAUACCAUAUCCUCAAAUGAGAUAGAAAGAAUCAAAUGGCAUCGUCGAAGUGUCAUUUUUCCUCCAAUUCCAGAUUAUAAUCAAACAAGUGUUAUAUUUGAAUGUGAUAAUAUUCAAACUGCUGAAGAUAUCAUUGCUGUCGAUGAAAUUGACGUGGCAACACCUGCAAAUGUUAUGUGGGCGGGACAAGAUUCCAAGUUUUUUGAUGAAGAAGAUAUACGAAGAAGAGAAAUUCGGAGAAGUUCAAAAUUAUCAAAUGUAUGUACUCCAAUCUCUUGUCAUUUUCGUUCUUCAAUUUGUUCCUGGCAAUCAACGAAUAUUCAACUUCUUCCAUCUAAAAUUGUGAAUGAAGCAGCUGGUGAAUCAACUUUGACAUCUUCUCCAGUUCGUUUACCAAUUGAUGCACCAUCUUUCAUUCAAUUACAAAUGUUUAAUAGUCAAGGAUCUGUGACUUCUUUAUCAUUUCGAAAUAUUGGUUCAAUGAAUGAAAAAGUGAUAUGGACUGAAAAAGAGGAUUCAUCAAUUCCCGAUUCAACUGGAACUCAAAAUGGAUGGAAUCGAGUUUUAAUUUCAUUGGAAUCAGUUCCAAAAGGAAUUCCAGUAAUUCUAAUUCUUAAAUCUAUAACUGGUGCAAACGAUUUUGUGGCUUUCUCCUCAAUUGAUCUCGUCGAUGGAGAAUCAAAGACUUUAACGUGUGAUCAAGUGACGUCACCAGUCCAACCACAAUCCAAUCAAUUGGUUCGCCUGACGGCUCUUCAGAAUCUAAAAAUGUUACCGAUUGAAUCAAUUCUUUAUCAACCACCAAUAUCAACAACUUCACCAAUUUCAUUGUUUCCUAUUCCUCCGACUCCUUCAAUUUCAUUUAAUUCAGAUGAAAAACCAUCAUCUCUAGCUUCUCCUGUUGGAAUACUUCCUAUAUCUCCAACUCUUGUUUCGGCUCGUGGAAUCCCAAUUUUCCCAAUCACCUCUUUUUCGAACCCUUUGAUUCCGCUUAGCAAUGCAAGACUGCCCUUCCAUUUUUAAUUAUUACUUCUAACUAGGUUUUCUGUAUAAAAAUGAUAAAGUCAAUUUAAUAUUGAAACAGUUCACUGUGAACAAAAUAUAAUAACAAUAAAAUAAAAGAUAUGAAUUAUGGAUAAAA